CAACCUGAGCCAGCCCCAGCAGCACGAGGCGGUCGUUGCAGCUGCUGGGCAUGCAACGGAAACACGGAAACUGAAUGAGGGAGAAGCUGUUAUACGCACAGCCAGACCAGAACCUCCCAAUGACUCCACAAGGGAAUCCAUUCACAGUUCAUUGGAAAGCUCAUGAAGAAUGCCCUCCAGAAGCAAAGUUCCUUCUGGCAGUGGAUCGCGACUCAAGUCACGAGGAUUGUGAGAGUGGUGCAAACUUACCUUGGAGGCGCGAUGGGCGAGUCUUUGCCAGGGGGCAAGGCCCUGGAGCUGAGCGUGCACUCUCGCUUCAUCAUCGGAUCCAUCUCGGAGGAUAACUCGGAGGACGAGACGAGCUCCCUGGUGAAAAUCGACCUGCUGGAGGACAAAGAACAGUCGCUGUCGCCUGUCUCCGUCGGUUCGGACUCCCUUUCUGACCUCGCCCCCUCCAGCGUCCAAGAGGGCCUGGCCAUUCAUAUGAGGCCAAGCAUGUCCGGGCUCCACCUCAUGAAGCAAGGCCGCGACCAGAAGAAAGUGGACCUGCAGCGGGACUUCACCGUCGCCUCCCCGGCCGAGUUCGUCACCCGCUUUGGGGGGAACAAAGUCAUUGAGAAGGUGCUCAUUGCCAACAACGGCAUUGCAGCGGUGAAGUGCAUGCGGUCCAUCCGGCGCUGGUCCUACGAGAUGUUUCGCAACGAGCGGGCCAUCCGCUUCGUGGUCAUGGUGACGCCGGAAGACCUGAAGGCAAACGCAGAGUACAUUAAAAUGGCGGACCACUACGUCCCCGUGCCGGGCGGCCCCAACAACAACAACUAUGCCAACGUGGAACUGAUUCUGGAUAUUGCGAAACGCAUCCCGGUGCAGGCCGUGUGGGCUGGCUGGGGCCACGCGUCGGAGAAUCCCAAACUACCAGAACUCCUCCACAAAAACGGAAUCGCCUUCAUGGGCCCUCCGAGCCAAGCCAUGUGGGCUCUCGGGGACAAAAUCGCCUCAUCGAUCGUGGCCCAGACGGCCGGCAUCCCCACGCUUCCCUGGAGCGGCAGCGGUCUGCGGGUGGACUGGCAGGAAGACGACUUCCAGAAGCGCCCUCUGCACGUCCCCCAGGAGCUCUACGAGAAGGGCUGCUUGACAGACGUGGACGACGGCCUGCGGGCGGCGGAAGAGGUCGGCUACCCCGUCAUGAUCAAGGCCUCUGAAGGAGGGGGCGGGAAAGGCAUCCGGAAGGUGAACAACGCGGACGACUUCCCCAACCUCUUCAGACAGGUGCAAGCAGAAGUGCCUGGCUCGCCCAUCUUCGUCAUGCGGCUGGCCAAGCAGUCCCGCCACCUGGAGGUGCAGCUCCUGGCUGACCAGUCCGGCAACGCCAUCUCCCUCUUCGGCCGCGACUGCUCCGUGCAGCGCCGGCACCAGAAGAUCAUCGAGGAGGCGCCGGCCUCCAUUGCCACGCUGGCCGUCUUUGAGCACAUGGAGCAGUGCGCGGUCAAACUGGCCAAGAUGGUGGGCUACGUCAGUGCCGGCACGGUGGAGUACCUCUACAGCCAGGACGGCAGCUUCUACUUCCUGGAGCUCAACCCCCGCCUGCAGGUGGAGCAUCCUUGCACCGAGAUGGUGGCUGACGUGAACCUGCCCUCGGCUCAACUCCAGAUUGCCAUGGGGAUCCCCCUCCACAGGAUCAAGGACAUCCGUGUGAUGUACGGAGCAUCACCCUGGGGGGACAGCCCCAUCGAUUUCGAGAACUCUGCCCAUGUGCCGUGUCCGCGCGGUCAUGUGAUAGCGGCCCGCAUCACCAGUGAGAACCCCGAUGAGGGAUUCAAGCCCAGCUCCGGGACGGUCCAAGAGCUGAAUUUCCGCAGCAACAAGAACGUCUGGGGGUAUUUCAGUGUGGCGGCUGCCGGCGGGCUCCACGAAUUUGCCGACUCCCAGUUUGGCCACUGUUUCUCCUGGGGGGAGAACCGGGAGGAAGCCAUCUCAAACAUGGUCGUGGCUCUGAAGGAGCUCUCCAUCCGAGGGGAUUUCCGGACCACCGUUGAGUACCUGAUCAAGUUGCUGGAAACGGAGAGCUUUCAGCACAACCGGAUCGACACCGGCUGGCUGGACCGGCUGAUUGCGGAGAAAGUGCAGGCGGAGAGACCAGACACCAUGCUGGGGGUGGUGUGUGGGGCGCUUCAUGUGGCCGACGUGAGCCUCCGGAACAGCGUCUCCAACUUCCUCCACUCGCUGGAGAGGGGCCAAGUCCUACCUGCUCACACGCUGCUGAACACGGUGGAUGUGGAACUGAUCUACGAAGGGAAGAAGUAUGUCCUGAAGGUGACCCGGCAGUCUCCCAACUCCUACGUGGUCAUCAUGAACGGCUCCUGCGUGGAGGUCGACGUCCACCGGCUGAGCGAUGGAGGGCUCCUCCUGUCCUACGACGGCAGCAGCUACACCACCUACAUGAAGGAAGAAGUGGACAGGUACCGCAUCACCAUUGGGAACAAGACCUGCGUGUUCGAGAAGGAGAACGACCCAUCCAUCCUGCGCUCUCCUUCAGCCGGGAAGCUCAUCCAGUACGUGGUGGAGGACGGGGGCCACGUGUUCGCGGGCCAGUGUUUUGCCGAGAUUGAGGUGAUGAAGAUGGUGAUGACGCUCACGGCGGCAGAAUCGGGCUGCAUCCAUUACGUGAAGCGUCCUGGGGCGGCGCUCGACCCGGGCUGUGUGAUUGCCAAGUUGCAACUGGACGACCCCAGCCGGGUUCAGCAGGCUGAACCCCACACGGGCACCUUGCCGCGGAUCCAGAGUACGGCGCUCCGGGGCGAGAAGCUCCACCGCGUCUUCCACUACGUCCUCGACAACCUGGUGAACGUGAUGAACGGCUACUGCCUGCCCGAGCCCUUCUUCAACAGCAAGGUGAAGGACUGGGUCGAGCGGCUGAUGAAGACCCUCCGAGACCCGUCCCUGCCUCUAUUGGAGCUGCAGGACAUCAUGACCAGUGUCUCUGGGCGCAUUCCCCCCAACGUGGAGAAAGCCAUCAAGAAGGAGAUGGCCCAGUACGCCAGCAACAUCACCUCGGUCCUCUGCCAGUUCCCCAGCCAGCAGAUUGCCAAUAUCCUGGACAGCCACGCGGCAACCCUCAACCGCAAGUCGGAGCGCGAGGUCUUCUUCAUGAACACCCAGAGCAUCGUGCAGCUGGUGCAGAGGUACCGGAGUGGCAUCCGAGGGCACAUGAAAGCCGUGGUGAUGGAUUUGCUCCGGCAGUACCUGAGGGUGGAAACUCAGUUCCAGCACGGUCACUACGAGAAGUGCGUCUUUGCCCUCCGGGAGGAGAACAAGGCCGACAUGAGCUCCGUCCUCAACUACAUCUUCUCCCACGCCCAGGUCACCAAGAAGAACCUCCUCGUGACGAUGCUCAUUGACCAGCUCUGUGGGCGGGACCCGACCCUGACGGACGAGCUCAUCAACAUCCUGACGGAGCUGACCCAGCUCAGCAAGACCACCAACGCCAAAGUCGCCCUGCGGGCCCGCCAGGUCCUCAUCGCUUCCCACUUGCCCUCCUACGAGCUGCGUCACAACCAGGUGGAAUCCAUCUUCCUUUCGGCCAUCGACAUGUACGGGCACCAGUUCUGCAUCGAGAAUCUGCAGAAACUCAUUCUCUCGGAGACUUCCAUCUUUGAUGUCCUGCCGAACUUCUUCUAUCACAGUAACCAGGUGGUGAGGAUGGCGGCCCUGGAGGUGUACGUGCGAAGGGCCUACAUCGCCUAUGAGCUGAACAGCGUCCAGCACCGCCAGCUGAAGGACAACACGUGCGUGGUGGAGUUCCAGUUCAUGCUCCCCACAUCUCAUCCGAACAGAGGGAACAUACCCACGCUCAACAGAAUGUCCUUCUCGUCCAACCUCAACCAUUACGGGAUGGCCCACGUGGCCAGCGUGAGCGACGUUCUCUUGGACAACUCCUUCACCCCGCCCUGCCAGCGGAUGGGCGGCAUGGUCUCCUUCCGGACCUUCGAAGACUUUGUCAGGCUCUUUGACGAAGUGAUGGGCUGCUUCUGCGACUCUCCUCCUCAGAGCCCCACCUUCCCCGAGGCGGGCCACCCGUCCCUGUACGACGAGGAGAAGAGCGCCCGCGAGGAGCCCAUCCACAUUCUGAACGUGGCCAUCAAGACCGACUGCGACACUGACGACGAAGGCCUGGCCGGCAUGUUCCGGGAGUUCACCCAGAGCAAGAAAGCUGUUCUGAUCGACCACGGCAUUCGCCGCCUGACCUUCCUCGUGGCUCAAAAGGAUUUCAGGAAACAGGUCAACUGUGAGGUGGAUCAAAGAUUCCAUAGGGAGUUCCCCAAAUUCUUUACAUUCCGUGCCAGAGAUAAGUUCGAGGAAGACCGCAUCUACCGCCACCUGGAGCCGGCCUUGGCCUUCCAGCUGGAGCUGAACCGGAUGCGGAACUUUGACCUGACCGCCAUCCCCUGCGCCAACCACAAGAUGCACCUCUACCUGGGCGCAGCCAAAGUGGAGGCCGGGGCGGAGGUGACGGACUACCGCUUCUUUGUGCGCGCCAUCAUCCGGCACUCCGACUUGGUGACCAAGGAGGCCUCCUUCGAGUACCUGCAGAACGAGGGGGAGCGGCUGCUCCUGGAAGCCAUGGACGAGCUGGAGGUGGCCUUCAAUAACACCAACGUCCGCACCGACUGCAACCACAUCUUCCUCAACUUCGUCCCCACAGUCAUCAUGGACCCUUCCAAGAUUGAGGAGUCGGUGCGCAGUAUGGUGAUGCGUUAUGGCAGCCGCCUGUGGAAGCUGCGGGUGCUCCAGGCAGAGCUGAAGAUCAACAUCCGGCUGACGCCCACCGGCAGGGCCAUCCCCAUCCGGCUCUUCCUGACCAACGAAUCUGGCUACUACCUGGACAUCAGCCUCUACAAGGAGGUGACGGAUUCCAGGACCGCCCAGAUCAUGUUCCAGGCCUACGGGGAUAAGCAGGGCCCGCUGCACGGCAUGCUGAUCAACACUCCCUACGUGACGAAGGACCUGCUGCAGUCCAAGAGGUUCCAGGCCCAGUCGCUGGGCACGACGUACGUCUACGACAUCCCCGAGAUGUUCCGGCAGUCUCUGCUGAAGCUCUGGGCCUCCAUGAAUGAGCUGGCCACCCUGCCGCCCCCCCCGCUGCCUUCCGACAUGCUGACGUUCACGGAGCUGGUGCUGGACGGCCAAGGGCAGCUGGUCCACAUGAACAGGCUGCCCGGCGGCAAUGAGAUUGGCAUGGUGGCCUGGCGGAUGACGCUCAAGACCCCCGAGUAUCCGGAGGGGCGCGAUAUCAUCGUCAUCAGCAACGACCUGACCUACCGGAUCGGCUCCUUCGGCCCCCAAGAGGACCUGCUCUUCCUUCGGGCCUCGGAGCUUGCUCGGACGCAGGGCAUCCCCCGGGUUUACGUGGCGGCCAACAGUGGCGCCAGGAUCGGUUUGGCCGAGGAGAUCCGCCAUAUGUUCCACGUUGCGUGGGAAGAGCCGGCUGACCCGUAUAAAGGAUUCAAGUAUCUGUACCUGACACCGCAGGAUUAUAAGAAAGUCAGUGCUUUGAACUCCGUACACUGUGAGCAUGUGGAAGAUGAAGGAGAAUCCCGAUAUAAGAUUACGGAUAUUAUCGGGAAGGAAGAAGGCCUUGGGACAGAGAACCUCCGAGGAUCUGGGAUGAUUGCAGGAGAAUCGUCCUUGGCCUAUGAAGAGAUUAUCACGAUCAACCUGGUGACUUGUCGGGCGAUUGGGAUCGGGGCCUACCUUGUCCGCCUGGGGCAGCGGACUAUCCAAGUGGAGAACUCGCACAUCAUCCUGACGGGGGCGGGAGCACUCAACAAAGUGCUCGGGAGAGAAGUGUACACCUCCAACAACCAGCUGGGCGGCAUCCAGAUCAUGCACAACAACGGGGUCUCCCACUGCACCGUCUGCGACGACUUCGAAGGGGUCUACACCAUCCUGCUGUGGCUGUCCUACAUGCCAAAGAGCAUUUUCAGCCCAGUUCCGAUGCUCACCGUGAAGGACCCCGUAGGGAGAGUCAUUGAGUUUGUUCCCACCAAGACGCCCUACGACCCUCGCUGGAUGCUCGCGGGCCGGCCUCACCCAACCCAAAAGGGCCAGUGGCUCAGCGGCUUCUUUGACUACGGCUCUUUUCUGGAGAUCAUGCAGCCGUGGGCUCAGACCGUGGUGGUUGGCAGAGCGAGGCUGGGGGGCAUCCCGGUUGGCGUGGUUGCUGUUGAAACCAGAACGGUGGAGCUGAGCAUCCCUGCAGAUCCGGCCAACUUGGACUCGGAAGCCAAGAUUAUCCAGCAAGCCGGCCAAGUGUGGUUCCCCGACUCCGCCUUCAAGACCGCUCAAGCCAUCCGGGACUUCAACCGGGAAGGGCUCCCGCUGAUGGUCUUUGCCAACUGGAGAGGCUUCUCCGGAGGCAUGAAAGACAUGUACGACCAGGUGCUGAAAUUUGGGGCCUACAUCGUGGAUGGCUUGCGGGAGUACAGGCAGCCCGUCCUGGUUUACAUCCCCCCCCAGGCAGAGCUGAGGGGGGGCUCCUGGGUUGUGAUCGACCCCACCAUUAACCCCCGGCACAUGGAGAUGUACGCCGACCGGGAGAGCAGAGGUGGGGUCCUGGAGCCGGAAGGCACUGUAGAAAUCAAAUUCCGCAAGAAGGACUUGGUGAAAACCAUGAGGCGCGUGGAUCCGAUUUAUGUGCGUCUGGCCGAGCGGCUUGGCACCCCGGAGCUAAGUCCGACUGAGCGGAAGGAACUGGAGACCAAGCUGAAGGAACGGGAGGAAUUCCUAAUUCCCAUUUACCAUCAGGUAGCCGUGCAGUUUGCUGACUUGCACGACACGCCCGGCCGGAUGCAGGAGAAGGGGGUCAUUACGGACAUUCUGGACUGGAAGACGUCCCGGGCUUUCUUCUACUGGAGACUUCGGCGGCUGCUCCUGGAGGACUCGGUGAAGAAGAAGAUCCAUGAAGCCAACCCCGAACUGACAGACGGCCAGAUCCAAGCCAUGCUCAGACGGUGGUUUGUGGAAGUGGAAGGCACAGUCAAGGCGUACCUGUGGGAUAACAACAAGGACCUGGUGGAAUGGUUGGAGAAGCAGCUGACGGAAGAAGAAGGCACCCGCUCGGUGGUGGACGAGAACAUCAAGUACAUCUCCCGGGACUACAUCCUCAAGCAGAUCCGGAGCUUGGUUCAGGCCAACCCGGAAGUUGCCAUGGACUCCAUCGUCCACAUGACCCAACACAUCUCGCCCACCCAGCGAGCGGAGAUCGUGCGCAUCCUCUCCACCAUGGACUCUCCUUCCUCGACGUAAGCCGAGGCACCACCCAGAGAGCGAGCAGGGCUCCUCCUUCUCCUCCUCUUGCCUUCCCAACGCGUGUGCCUCUUUGCGCCCUGCAGAGGAAAUGCCAGAAAAGGACUUUUGUGCUUUCUCCUAUGUUCAACCUGGACUGGAGAAGCGCCUUGUCCUCCUCUGAGUCUCCAGAGACCGGAGGAAUUCAGACUCACUUAUAGAUGUUGUCCUGGUACCUAUUUAUUUAACCAUGUGGGACAUGGUGCCAACGAGCCGCACAGCACUUGGGAGAUGAUGAAAGGUACUCACUGAUGUACCCCGAGGUCUCAACUUAAGAAGAAGAAAUGUCGGGGGGGGGGGCCUGUGAGGGGCCCCUUUGCCAAGUCUUUGUCCUGCCUCAAUUUCUGCCCUGUGGGUCACUGGUUAACUCAGCUGCCCCCCUGCCCCCACCCGCCCUCCAAGGGUCCAGUAUCUGCCAGCACUGCUCUGGGUCCAACCGGCAAAGGCUUCGCCCCUUGUGGAAGCCACUGGCUGGCGUGCCUGACACCUCUCCCUCCCUGCUAGGGGCCACCUUCAAGCCACAGAGGAGGAGUCUCUGCUGACACACUUGUGCCCUCUUUGGGCAGAGGACAAAGAGGCCUCGCCUCUCUUUGGAGCGGCGGGGCGGGUCCCUCUGGCAGGUCCCGUGACUGUUUCUGAAACCCCGAUCACGGGCAAAGUCGCCGGACCAUGUCCCUGUUUUUACCUGGAAACCGGGCCUCAGUGUGACAUGGGCCUGGAGAACAGCCCCCUAGACAAGGAGUCCCAACUGCAUGGCUUCCCCCCUCCGCCUGAUCCUCGAGCUGGCCGGCCUCUUGGCUGGUGGUGGGGCAGGCCACCUUGCACACCCCUGCCGGUCUAGGAAGUGCCUGAGUUGGCCUUGGCUGCUGUUUCUGCAGGGAGGCUGGCCAAGGCGGCUCUUCCGCAAAGCGCCCGCCUCGGUCUUGGAAGGUUGGAGCCACCCCCAGCCCUGGGGGCUUCCGGGAGGUGAUUGGGGCUACGCUGCUGCUUCCAGGGCACCCUACCUCUCCCCGCCUGCUGCCCCCCCCACCAUUCCACCCCACCCCAUGGGGUGUGCUGUAACGUGCCCUGCUUGGCAUCCGCCCCAGGAAGGGGACGCCUCCAAGAGGUGGGGUGAGGGGAGGGGAGGGCUGCCGUUCCCCCUGCCAGCAUUUUGCUCCCUUCGAAUGCGCCCUCCCAAAGCAACCUGGUUUCACACUGAGACAUCCAGCGACAGAGGAGACUGUUGUCAUUGGAUGUGGACGCUAGCUUUCUUGAAGGUUUUCUCCCUGCCUUCAGCUGCUUCCUCUUGGGGGCUGGCGGGAGGGGGGGAACGCCUCCAGCCACUUCCUCCACCCGAGCCAAGGGAAGUGUCUGUCUGGAUAGAGCAAGAGAAGUCCGGCUGUGCUCAUGUGAAUUCUUCUUAAAAUGACACUUCAGUACAGCUGGUGGGCAGAGCCCAGGGACCCUCAUGUUGACGGUGUGAGUCCCCACAACCGGCUCAAUGCGUCCCUCUCGGUCUCUGCCCGGGUCUCCGAAAGGGUCCCGCUCUUCCUGUCAGCUUAGAUCUGGUGCCACCCCUCUGGCCACGAGAGCCAGCAAGUCAGUGGCUCUUCUUGGAAUCCCGCCGCCACCUUGGGGCGGUCUGGUUGUGGGAGAUUCCUACCCCUUUUUGUUUGCGAGAGGGAGAGAGAGAGAGAGAGAGAGAGAGAGAGAGAAGGGCUGCCUUGAGUCUUUGCAUUGAUCACACCGAGAGGCACAUUGGGGUGAGAGGUUGAGGGGUCCCUGGAGUCGGGGUGGGGGGGGUGACGCCUUCAGCAGACCAAAAGCUGUCCCUCAGCGGGGUAGGCAGAGAGCUCAGCUGGACCCACUGAAGUAUUAUUGUCGAUGUACAUUGUGGAUAACUCCUGGUGCUGAAGUUAUGCACUUACCUCAAGUUUCUUUUAAUAAAAGCAGAUCAGACCAA